AACGACUUCCAUAUCUUGCCUCGAUUCGACCGUUGCCGAGGUACCUACUAGAAACCGUCGUCCGGGUAAAGAUACAACAAAACAUACAAAGGAAACAGUCAGGAUGGCGCAAGCUGGCAGUGAAAACAAGGAGCCAUGGAACGAGGAGACCAGGGCCAAGUUUGAAGGAAAGAGCCGAAGCGAAUACCUUGAUCCGUGCCAGGAGGCCGCUCAGCGGAGUAUACGGUGUCUGCACCGCAACCAAGGAGACCGAACCAUGUGCUCGGACUACUUUGAGGCGUACAGGGAAUGCAAGAAGCAAUGGAUCGAAAGGAGGCGGGAACAGAAGAGGAAGGCGGGUGCGCUCUUCUGAACAACCGGACUUUUUUGAUGGGAGGAUAUAAUAUGAGAAGCCACGGCUAGAAGGAAGAAAAAGAAAUCUGAGCAGCAGGAGGAAGAUCAACGUGGGCAACAUUGCUUUUUGCGUUUGUAUAAAUAGUCUUUGUAAAGCACUUGCAUGGGUAGGCGUUUAGGUUACGGAAGACGCGGAGUACCUGUUUGAUCGUUCAUCAAACGAGGACAGGGAGGGAAUAG